AAGAAAAGGACAGGACAGGCUAGCCAUAAAGAACACAAAUUGCACUCUAGAUUUAUUAUUUCUGGUUAUAAAAUCUUUAUGUUCAUUCCGAGAUCUGUCAAGAAAAGAACCAAUAAUACAGAAUACGAUUCAAUUGAAGAUCGUACGCGUAUCAAUAAAAAACGGCGCUCAGAUCUUGCUUUGGAAAAGAAGUCUAAUCUACCAAAUUACAUCAAAGAAUCUGUCCAAACCAAACCAAAAGAUGUUGCAGAUCCAGAAAUACCCCAGACUAUCUUGAAUUCUCCUGGAUCUUUAGAAGAAAUCACCCAAAACCUUCCAAAUUCAACAACUAAAUCACUCAAUGAUAAAAAUCACAAUGAUGGAUCGCCCAAUGUAAAGAUUCAGCCUGAAUCUACAAAAAAUGAUGAUAAUGAUAAUAAGGAUGACGACGAUGAUAUGGAUAUACAGGCAGACAGUGAUGAUGAGCCGAUCAAACCAUUUUCUUCGGAUCAACGUAGGAUAAUUCCUGGCUGUGACGAACCUGUGUGUAUUAUAUGUGGGAAAUAUGGUGAAUACAUUAAUGAUGAUACAGACAAUGAUGUGUGCAGUCUCGAGUGCAAGCGCAUUGACACAGAUCUUAAUUCCCGAAUUUACACAAAACAGAAAAGAACAACCACUUCUAUAUUGAACGAUGUGAAUGCAAAAAUUUCGCCUUUCUAUGUAGCUGAGAAUCUGCACGCAAAAAUGACAAAUUAUGAAGAGCCAGAGGAUAUUGCAAAUAUGCCAAAGUGGCAGAGAGACGCAAUAUUGAAAGCACACGAAAUUGAUGUCAAAGGAGAUCGGAUACCACAUCCAAUAUGCAGUUUCGACCAAUGCAAAACGCUCGGCCCUACUCUCAUCCACAACCUGGAUCAGAUGAAAUGGUCGAUGGCCACAAGUAUCCAGCGACAGGCUGUGCCGGCUGGAUUGGCAGGGCGGGAUGUGUAUGCAGUUGCACCCACCAGCUCAGGAAAGACGGGUGCAUUCGUCAUCCCAAUCAUUGUACAUUGUCGGUCCAUGUCAAUAAUCCACAACUACAAGCGCCGUGCUGGCCCUUACGCUCUGAUCUUGGCACCCACACGUGAAUUGUGCCAGCAGAUUGAAACAGUUACUAAAAUAUUGUCCAAAGGCAUGCGCAAUACACGAACAGCUUUACUUAUCGGAGGACAACCGUUGGCUGAUAAUAUUCACCGAUUGCGCAAAGGGGUUCAGAUAAUCGUUGGGACUCCUGGGCGUGUAUUAGAGCUCAUCAAAGAGCACCCAAGUUUAUUUCGGCCGUGGCGUUUACAAAUGCUUGUUCUGGAUGAGGCGGAUGCUAUGUUUAGUCUGGGAUUCGGUCCACAGGUACGCCAGAUACUUGGUAGACUUCCUGACACAACCAAACGCCAGACAAGUUUCUUUUCAGCUACGGUGAACGAUCCAAAGGAAAUGGAAAGUCUGUGUCGGCGGUUAACUCGACCUAUAGAAAUACGGAUCAGUCAACCAAAGGAUGGGGAUCCUAAUAAGCACCCAGAAGCCACCAAUAAUGUCAGGCAGACUAUUUUGUGGGUAGAGAAUGCGAGCAAAGCAAAGAGACUUAUGUCUAUUAUUAAUGACCCAAAAUAUUUUGCCCCACCUAUCUUGAUAUUUGUGGACAGUCGUCUUGGGGCUGAGUUCCUCACACGAGCUAUUCAGAAACGCAACAAACACUUGAGGGUAGUAGCGAUGCAUGGCGAUAAGUCACAAGCAGAACGAUCUGCGAUUGUUGCAGGAGUGAACGAGCAAGAGCCAGUGUGGGACAUAGUCGUCUCAACUGAUGUACUGUCACGCGGUGUAGACCUGCCUUUUGUGCGGCUUGUUAUAAACUAUGAUAUGGCCCCAACUUUAGAAGAUUAUGUACACCGAAUAGGGCGUGCGGUAAUUCGAGGGCCUCUUCCUAGAGACGCAAAGCAAAAGCGUGGUUGGGCCAUCACAUUUAUCAAUAGUGAACACGAACAUUUACUAGAGCCUUUUGCCAAGAUGCUCGCAACAAAAGCCGUCGCUCAAGUGACACCAUUACCAUCACAGCUCAAGAGAUACCUGUAACAUAUAAUCUAUUCAUUUCAUCUUACACCAAUAUAAAACAAAACAAAACAAAAUGAUUUAUUUGUAUAGAUGACCUCAGGUCAAUAUGUAAUUUAGACUCUAAAUUUGAUCCGGGUCUUAUCGAUCCUGAUUAAUUAAUUAAAGAAAAGAGAAUGUUUUACCC